AUGUUUCCUACAGGAUCACCGUGCAUCCGUUUACAACAGCUGGUGAUUACCAAUUCAUUUUACCUCCAUUUCCUUCCUGAUGACAUCGGAGAGCUGUUGCCAUGCCUACGCGAGCUGGCCAUUCGGAACUGCUCUCAUUUCAACCAACUCCCUGAGAGCAUCACUUCCCUAACUGCAUUAGAGAGCUUGUCCAUCAUUGAUUCCCGCCGGUUUGAGAGCCUGCCCAAGGACAUUGGACAGCUGCCUGCUCUCAAGUCACUGAUGCUGGAGAAUAUCCCUUUCUCGAAGCUACCUGACUCCCUCUGGCAGGUUACAUCACUGGAGAGGCUAGUGCUGCAUCACCGCAGUUAUGGAAUUUGCAAGGUGGACGGAUGCACAGUGCUUGCAGCAGACAGGGGCACAGCAUGCACAAUGGAGGCACAGGCAGCAGCCGGAAGCAACACAGAUCAACCCCCCAGGAGCUCAGCCCCACCAAGUGUCCUCUCUGCUCUUCUAGAGGUGGACUCGCAGUGCUUGCAGCUGCUCGGAUCACAGCAUGCGCAGCAGGUGCAUGGGAGGCAUGCGCAGCAGGUGCAUGGGAGGCAUGCGCAGCAGGUGCAUGGGAGGCAUGCGCAGCAGGUGCAUGGGAGGCAUGCGCAGCAGGUGCAUGGGAGGCAUGCGCAGCAGGUGCAUGGGAGGCAUGCGCAGCAGGUGCAUGGGAGGCAUGCGCAGCAGGUGCAUGGGAGGCAUGCGCAGCAGGUGCAUGGGAGGCAUGCGCAGCAGGUGCAUGGGAGGCAUGCGCAGCAGGUGCAUGGGAGGCAUGCGCAGCAGGUGCAUGGGAGGCAUGCGCAGCAGGUGCAUGGGAGGCAUGCGCAGCAGGUGCAUGGGAGGCAUGCGCAGCAGGUGCAUGGGAGGCAUGCGCAGCAGGUGCAUGGGAGGCAUGCGCAGCAGGUGCAUGGGAGGCAUGCGCAGCAGGUGCAUGGGAGGCAUGCGCAGCAGGUGCAUGGGAGGCAUGCGCAGCAGGUGCAUGGGAGGCAUGCGCAGCAGGUGCAUGGGAGGCAUGCGCAGCAGGUGCAUGGGAGGCAUGCGCAGCAGGUGCAUGGGAGGCAUGCGCAGCAGGUGCAUGGGAGGCAUGCGCAGCAGGUGCAUGGGAGGCAUGCGCAGCAGGUGCAUGGGAGGCAUGCGCAGCAGGUGCAUGGGAGGCAUGCGCAGCAGGUGCAUGGGAGGCAUGCGCAGCAGGUGCAUGGGAGGCAUGCGCAGCAGGUGCAUGGAGGCAUGCGCAGCAGGUGCAUGGGAGGCAUGCGCAGCAGGUGCAUGGGAGGCAUGCGCAGCAGGUGCAUGGGAGGCAUGCGCAGCAGGUGCAUGGGAGGCAUGCGCAGCAGGUGCAUGGGAGGCAUGCGCAGCAGGUGCAUGGGAGGCAUGCGCAGCAGGUGCAUGGGAGGCAUGCGCAGCAGGUGCAUGGGAGGCAUGCGCAGCAGGUGCAUGGGAGGCAUGCGCAGCAGGUGCAUGGGAGGCAUGCGCAGCAGGUGCAUGGGAGGCAUGCGCAGCAGGUGCAUGGGAGGCAUGCGCAGCAGGUGCAUGGGAGGCAUGCGCAGCAGGUGCAUGGGAGGCAUGCGCAGCAGGUGCAUGGGAGGCAUGCGCAGCAGGUGCAUGGGAGGCAUGCGCAGCAGGUGCAUGGGAGGCAUGCGCAGCAGGUGCAUGGAGGCAUGCGCAGCAGGUGCAUGGAGGCAUGCGCAGCAGGUGCAUGGGAGGCAUGCGCAGCAGGUGCAUGGGAGGCAUGCGCAGCAGGUGCAUGGGAGGCAUGCGCAGCAGGUGCAUGGGAGGCAUGCGCAGCAGGUGCAUGGGAGGCAUGCGCAGCAGGUGCAUGGGAGGCAUGCGCAGCAGGUGCAUGGGAGGCAUGCGCAGCAGGUGCGUGGGAGGCAUGCGCAGCAGGUGCGUGGGAGGCAUGCGCAGCAGGUGCGUGGGAGGCAUGCGCAGCAGGUGCGUGGGAGGCAUGCGCAGCAGGUGCGUGGGAGGCAUGCGCAGCAGGUGCAUGGGAGGCAUGCGCAGCAGGUGCAUGGGGGCAUGCGCAGCAGGUGCAUGGAGGCAUGCGCAGCAGGUGCAUGGAGGCAUGCGCAGCAGGUGCAUGGGAGGCAUGCGCAGCAGGUGCAUGGGAGGCAUGCGCAGCAGGUGCAUGGGAGGCAUGCGCAGCAGGUGCAUGGGAGGCAUGCGCAGCAGGUGCAUGGGAGGCAUGCGCAGCAGGUGCAUGGGAGGCAUGCGCAGCAGGUGCAUGGGAGGCAUGCGCAGCAGGUGCAUGGGAGGCAUGCGCAGCAGGUGCAUGGGAGGCAUGCGCAGCAGGUGCAUGGGAGGCAUGCGCAGCAGGUGCAUGGGAGGCAUGCGCAGCAGGUGCAUGGGAGGCAUGCGCAGCAGGUGCAUGGGAGGCAUGCGCAGCAGGUGCAUGGGAGGCAUGCGCAGCAGGUGCAUGGGAGGCAUGCGCAGCAGGUGCAUGGGAGGCAUGCGCAGCAGGUGCAUGGGAGGCAUGCGCAGCAGGUGCAUGGGAGGCAUGCGCAGCAGGUGCAUGGGAGGCAUGCGCAGCAGGUGCAUGGGAGGCAUGCGCAGCAGGUGCAUGGGAGGCAUGCGCAGCAGGUGCAUGGGAGGCAUGCGCAGCAGGUGCAUGGGAGGCAUGCGCAGCAGGUGCAUGGGAGGCAUGCGCAGCAGCAGGUGCAUGGGAGGCAUGCGCAGCAGGUGCAUGGGAGGCAUGCGCAGCAGGUGCAUGGGAGGCAUGCGCAGCAGGUGCAUGGGAGGCAUGCGCAGCAGGUGCAUGGGAGGCAUGCGCAGCAGGUGCAUGGGAGGCAUGCGCAGCAGGUGCAUGGGAGGCAUGCGCAGCAGGUGCGUGGGAGGCAUGCGCAGCAGGUGCGUGGGAGGCAUGCGCAGCAGGUGCGUGGGAGGCAUGCGCAGCAGGUGCGUGGGAGGCAUGCGCAGCAGGUGCGUGGGAGGCAUGCGCAGCAGGUGCGUGGGAGGCAUGCGCAGCAGGUGCAUGGGGGCAUGCGCAGCAGGUGCAUGGAGGCAUGCGCAGCAGGUGCAUGGAGGCAUGCGCAGCAGGUGCAUGGGAGGCAUGCGCAGCAGGUGCAUGGGAGGCAUGCGCAGCAGGUGCAUGGGAGGCAUGCGCAGCAGGUGCAUGGGAGGCAUGCGCAGCAGGUGCAUGGGAGGCAUGCGCAGCAGGUGCAUGGGAGGCAUGCGCAGCAGGUGCAUGGGAGGCAUGCGCAGCAGGUGCAUGGGAGGCAUGCGCAGCAGGUGCAUGGGAGGCAUGCGCAGCAGGUGCAUGGGAGGCAUGCGCAGCAGGUGCAUGGGAGGCAUGCGCAGCAGGUGCAUGGGAGGCAUGCGCAGCAGGUGCAUGGGAGGCAUGCGCAGCAGGUGCAUGGGAGGCAUGCGCAGCAGGUGCAUGGGAGGCAUGCGCAGCAGGUGCAUGGGAGGCAUGCGCAGCAGGUGCAUGGGAGGCAUGCGCAGCAGGUGCAUGGGAGGCAUGCGCAGCAGGUGCAUGGGAGGCAUGCGCAGCAGGUGCAUGGGAGGCAUGCGCAGCAGGUGCAUGGGAGGCAUGCGCAGCAGGUGCAUGGGAGGCAUGCGCAGCAGGUGCAUGGGAGGCAUGCGCAGCAGGUGCAUGGGAGGCAUGCGCAGCAGGUGCAUGGGAGGCAUGCGCAGCAGGUGCAUGGGAGGCAUGCGCAGCAGGUGCAUGGGAGGCAUGCGCAGCAGGUGCAUGGGAGGCAUGCGCAGCAGGUGCAUGGGAGGCGCGGGCAGCAGGUGCAUGGGAGGCGCGGGCAGCAGGUGCAUGGGAGGCGCGGGCAGCAGGUGCAUGGGAGGCGCGGGCAGCAGGUGCAUGGGAGGCGCGCGCAGCAGGUGCAUGGGAGGCGCGCGCAGCAGGUGCAUGGGAGGCGCGCGCAGCAGGUGCAUGGGAGGCGCGCGCAGCAGGUGCAUGGGAGGCGCGCGCAGCAGGUGCAUGGGAGGCGCGCGCAGCAGGUGCAUGGGAGGCAUGCGCAGCAGGUGCAUGGGAGGCAUGCGCAGCAGGUGCAUGGGAGGCAUGCGCAGCAGGUGCAUGGGAGGCGCGGGCAGCAGGUGCAUGGGAGGCGCGGGCAGCAGGUGCAUGGGAGGCGCGGGCAGCAGGUGCAUGGGAGGCGCGCGCAGCAGGUGCAUGGGAGGCGCGCGCAGCAGGUGCAUGGGAGGCGCGCGCAGCAGGUGCAUGGGAGGCGCGCGCAGCAGGUGCAUGGGAGGCGCGCGCAGCAGGUGCAUGGGAGGCAUGCGCAGCAGGUGCAUGGGAGGCAUGCGCAGCAGGUGCAUGGGAGGCAUGCGCAGCAGGUGCAUGGGAGGCAUGCGCAGCAGGUGCAUGGGAGGCAUGCGCAGCAGGUGCAUGGGAGGCAUGCGCAGCAGGUGCAUGGGAGGCAUGCGCAGCAGGUGCAUGGGAGGCAUGCGCAGCAGGUGCAUGGGAGGCAUGCGCAGCAGGUGCAUGGGAGGCAUGCGCAGCAGGUGCAUGGGAGGCAUGCGCAGCAGGUGCAUGGGAGGCAUGCGCAGCAGGUGCAUGGGAGGCAUGCGCAGCAGGUGCAUGGGAGGCAUGCGCAGCAGGUGCAUGGGAGGCAUGCGCAGCAGGUGCAUGGGAGGCAUGCGCAGCAGGUGCAUGGGAGGCAUGCGCAGCAGGUGCAUGGGAGGCAUGCGCAGCAGGUGCAUGGGAGGCAUGCGCAGCAGGUGCAUGGGAGGCAUGCGCAGCAGGUGCAUGGGAGGCAUGCGCAGCAGGUGCAUGGGAGGCAUGCGCAGCAGGUGCAUGGGAGGCAUGCGCAGCAGGUGCAUGGGAGGCAUGCGCAGCAGGUGCAUGGGAGGCAUGCGCAGCAGGUGCAUGGGAGGCAUGCGCAGCAGGUGCAUGGGAGGCGCGGGCAGCAGGUGCAUGGGAGGCGCGGGCAGCAGGUGCAUGGGAGGCGCGGGCAGCAGGUGCAUGGGAGGCGCGGGCAGCAGGUGCAUGGGAGGCGCGGGCAGCAGGUGCAUGGGAGGCGCGGGCAGCAGGUGCAUGGGAGGCGCGGGCAGCAGGUGCAUGGGAGGCGCGGGCAGCAGGUGCAUGGGAGGCGCGCGCAGCAGGUGCAUGGGAGGCGCGCGCAGCAGGUGCAUGGGAGGCGCGGGCAGCAGGUGCAUGGGAGGCGCGGGCAGCAGGUGCAUGGGAGGCGCGCGCAGCAGGUGCAUGGGAGGCGCGCGCAGCAGGUGCAUGGGAGGCGCGCGCAGCAGGUGCAUGGGAGGCGCGGGCAGCAGGUGCAUGGGAGGCGCGGGCAGCAGGUGCAUGGGAGGCGCGGGCAGCAGGUGCAUGGGAGGCGCGCGCAGCAGGUGCAUGGGAGGCGCGGGCAGCAGGUGCAUGGGAGGCGCGGGCAGCAGGUGCAUGGGAGGCGCGGGCAGCAGGCAACUACACAGAUCAACCCCCCCGGAAGCUCAGCCCCCCCGGAGUUCCCUUUCUGCUCGGGCCUUCUGAUCUUUUAUUUCAUACGGAUAAGCGUUGGCGCCAACUGGAUUCUCUGUAUGGGUUCCUUCGAUACUUUUGCGCACAGUAACGAGUACGAUCUCUCUCGAAUAUUCAAACUGGAACGGUCACCCACGCUUUCAGUCGCGACAACUAAGGCACGACUGCCGCUUAAGACUCGUUCUAGGUUCAACGAGUCUUUCCUAGUCAUCGACAAGAUUCUUUCUGUUUCUGUGUUAGCGCGAUUACUAGCAGCCAUGGCGCAUCUUCUGAGCGAGCUGGAUCGCUUCGAAGAGGAGAUGCGCGCACUCGGCGCGGAAUCCGCUUCCGCCAAGCCCGCUCCGCCUCCCGCGCACCUCAUCGCGCAAGUGCCCCUUCCGCCCGCGCCGCCGCUCCCCGCUAAAGGCGGACCUCCCGUUUCCCCCGCUCCCCCUCCGCUUCGCGCGCCUCCUCCGCUCGCCUCAGGCGCUUCUCCCGCGCGGCCCUCCGUUUCCCCUUUGCCCGCCCCGCCUCCUUCCGCUUACUCCCCCGCGCCUCGUCCGCUUCCGCCACACGCCCUUCCGCCUCCACCUUCCGCCUUCCCCCCAACUCCGCCGUACCGGCCCGGCGGUUCUUGGUCACAGUCCCCCGCCGCCACUCCCCCUGCUGCGCAUGUUCCGCCUUCCCCCCCUCUUCCCCCGCCAGCGUCAGGCUCAACCCCCCCGUUUCCGCGGUACCAAGCACCCGCACGACCGUCGUUUCCGCCCAUUCCCCCGCCUGCGCACGCAGUUCCGCCUUUCAGCAGCGGCGCGGGGGCAACUGCGCAAUUUCCCCCUCUUCCGCCUUCCGCGCCCGCCCCCGCGCCUCCUCCUACGCGGAAAGUAUACGCCGCUGCGCCUGUGAAAGUAAUCAAGAAAGAAGACGCGGGGACGGAAGGGGCAGCGGGGGAGGCGGAGCAAGGAUCUGGGGGAAACGAGGUGGAGCAGCAGGCGGAAAAAACACCCGCAUCUGCAGGCAAAAGCAUUCCGCCAAUCCCUCCGCCCCCCCGCCUGCCCCUGCGCCCUCCGCCUCCUCUUCACAUGCAGCACCAACACCAUCACCACCCCCACCAGCAGCAUCAGCAGCAGCAGGGCCUUCAGGGGGGUAUGGGGGAGGGGCUGCAGGCAUGGCGCAGUACGGUGGGGGAGGGGGGUUCCCCGCAGGGGCAGGGUUCGGGGGCAUGGGCGGAUACGGGGGCAUGGGCGGGGGGAUGGGGGGAAUGGGUGGGGGAGGGUAUGGAGCAGCGGCAGGGGGGUAUGGGGCGGGGGGAGCAGGGUUCGGAGCCGGUGGAGGGGGCCAACCCCAAUGCAGCAAGAGCGUCAGGAAAGCCAAUCAACUCGCAGGCGGAGCAGCUGUUUCAAAGAGAUGCAGCCAUGAUCAACCCGGCAGCUUUGGAAGGAGUUAAAGCUGCCCUGGCCAGUAACGUGCCGCUGGGCAUGGCCGGGCAGGCUGCCGGGCAGCAAAAGAAAAAGCGGCCGGUGCCGAGGACAGCAGCCGGGCAGAAAUGGGAAGAUCCGACUCUGACUGAAUGGCCUGAGAACGACCAUCGAAUAUUCUGUGGUGAUCUCGGCAACGAGGUGAACGAUGACGUGCUGGCAAAGGCGUUUCAGAAAUACGCGUCGUUUAACAAGGCUAAGGUGGUGAGGGACAAGACGACGGGCAAGACCAAGGGGUAUGGGUUCGUGAGCUUCGGUGAAGUGAUGGACUGUGCUGCUGCUCUCAAGGAGAUGAACGGGAAGUACGUGGGAAAUCGGCCAAUCAAGCUGCGCAAGAGCACAUGGCAAGAGAGGAUCGACACCGAGGCACUUAAGUCUCGGAACCGCGGCAGCCGGCCCAAGGAGAAGCGUCAAAAGAAGAACAUUCUGCACCGCGAUCCGUCGCGGUUCCGUCUUCCCACCGGAUUCCAUCCAUCCAGACUCCGCUUUGAUCUUGACUCCUCAUCCUGUCCUGACUCUCAUCCGGACCCCGCUUUCUUCGUCCCUUUCUCCUGCGCCAUGGCGUACACGCGACCCGAGGUCGCGGAGGAGGAGGAAGCUUCCACGAUAGAGCUACUGGGCGACUCGGUCAUCCCGGUAGUUAAUAAACUGCAGGACAUCUUUUCCCAGCUCGGAUCGUCCAGCGCGAUCGACUUACCGCAAGUAGCCGUUGUGGGGAGUCAGAGCAGCGGGAAAUCCAGCGUUCUCGAGUCGCUCGUCGGGAAGGAUUUUCUGCCACGUGGAUCCGACGUGGUCACGCGCCGGCCGCUGGUGCUGCAGCUGGUGCAGGUGCCGAAGCGCGCGGACGGCAAGGCGGAGGAAUGGGGGGAGUUUCUGCACCUGCCCGGAAAGAGAUUCACGGAUUUCUCCGCGAUUCGGGACGAGAUUCAGUUGGAAACAGAGAGGGAGGUGGGGAUAAACAAGGGCAUAACGGAGAAGCAGAUCCGCCUCAAGAUAUUCUCCCCCCACGUCCUCACAAUAACCCUCGUGGACCUGCCCGGCAUCACCAAGGUGCCCGUGGGCGACCAGCCCUCCGACAUCGAGGCCCGCGUGCGAUCCAUGAUCCUGGCCUACAUCAAGCACGAGACCUGCAUCAUCCUGGCGGUCACCCCGGCUAAUGCGGAUUUGGCCAAUUCCGAUGCGCUGCAAGUGGCGCGGAUGGCAGACCCUGAUGGCCAUCGAACAAUUGGGGUUAUCACGAAGCUUGAUAUCAUGGAUCGGGGCACCGAUGCAUGCAACCUGCUGCUAGGCAAUGUGAUCCCGCUGCGCCUGGGCUAUGUGGGCGUCAUCAACCGCAGCCAAGAGGAUAUCAACGCGAAGAAGAGUGUCAAGGACGCGCUCACCUACGAGGAGGCCUUUUUCCGAAGCAGACCGGUUUACCAUGGAUUGGCAGAUCGGUGUGGGAUUCCGCAGCUUGCUAAGAAGCUCAACUCGAUUCUCGUGCAGCACAUCCGCCUGCUCCUGCCGGAUCUCAAGGCGCGAAUCAACGCUCAGAUGGUGGCGGUGCAUAAGGAGCUUGUGGGGUAUGGUGAAGCUGCAGAGCGGGCCACCAUGGGAGUGCUUCUGCUCAACAUUCUCACCAAGUACUCUCAAUCCUUUGUGACGAUAGUGGAUGGCAAGAACCAAGGCAUGUCCACAGCAGAGCUGGCGGGAGGAGCUCGAAUCCACUACAUCUUCCAAAACAUCUUUGUCAAAUGCAUCGAUGAGGUGGACCCCUGUGAGGACCUGUCAGAUGAGGACAUUCGCACGGCCAUCCAGAACGCCACGGGAACGAAGAACGCACUCUUCGUACCAGAUGUGCCCUUUGAGGUGCUGGUGAGGCGGCAGAUAUCGCGUCUGCUCGACCCCUCGCUUCAGUGCGCGCGCUUCGUCUACGACGAACUAGUCAAGAUUGCCCAUCGCUGUGAGUCGUACCAGCUGGCCCGGUUCCCUGUGUUGAGGCGUAAGGUGGAGGAGACAGUGGGGAGCUUUCUCAGGGAGG